GGAUUAUGAAAGCUCGUUUUUUUCCAAAUUCUACUCAUCCAAAGAAUUGCCUUUUAAAAAUAAAGCAACAAAAAGUAUAUUAUAUUAAUUAAACCAUGAUUAUGCCGUGUGUAAGAUGUAAAGAUAAACAAAGAAACAAUGAAUUAAGAGAUAUUCGUGGAAAUGAACAAAUUGAAGGACAAAUCAUCGCAAAUUUCCCAGAAGUUCUUGAAAUACAUGAAAAUAAUCCAAUUAAAGUGUGUGUCAAAUGCUUGAGAGAAUUAAAUGAGUUGAUUAAUAAUCGUGAGCCAAUUAGUCAUUCUCCAAAUAGAUCCAGAAACUUGUCCGCAAAAAGUGAUUCAGAAAAUUUAUCUGUUGAAAGUGAGAGCAUCCAAAAUAUAACAUCAGCACCAUUAACUUCAUCGUUACCAGGGAAGGUUUAUUUUUCUUCUUCUUUAGAUCUUGAUAAGCUUAAACAGCCGGGAGAAAUUGAAAAGUUAGUUCCUAACGAUCGAAACAUACAGCGAAAUUUGAAACGAUUGUUAUCACAAGCAAUGCCAGCAUCAGCCAAAAAACGAAAGGUACAGGAAAUGCUUGAAGAUGGACCUAUUGAAAAUGAUGCGAUUUCUCAUCAGAGAAUUGCUUCAACUUCACAGUCAAGGACUGUUAUCGAGGAACGAAAUGACCAUGAUUACGCUCAGGAAAUGUUCAGAACUCUUGUAAAUCAAUCGACGAGAAUCAAUAGGACAUACAAGAGCGAUACAUCACAAUCAUCAAAUAUUUCUAUGUUGAGAAAUACAUCUCAAGUAAUCGAAAAUUUGAGUUCGCAAGCUAUUGUCAAUCCAUCACCAGAAAUCACUCUGCCUCCUCAAACUCCAAUAAUAAGCCACAUGACACAACCUUCUCAGCUUCAACAAUCUCCACCAAAUCCAUCUCAAGCAGUUUUUUAUGAGCCUGAUAAAAUAUCGGCCAAUAAUCGUUCAAGCGAUAAUGAGCCUAGACUACGAAGGUCAGAAAGAAUUGCGUCCAGAAAUUCGAGAGUGGCUAGUAAUGAUAGUCAACCAGCACGAAAAAAUAAAGACACAGCACGAAAAAGUAGAGAUAAAACUAAACAAAAAAGUAGAGAUGAAGAAGCAGCACAAACAAGCAGAGAAAAACAAACAGCACCGAUUUCUGACAGACCAGGAAUAAGACAAAGAAAUGAUGGAAAUGACCACUCGAAUUUAGCGGCACCCAGACGAGUUAAUUUAAUUGUUUUACCAACUACACGUGUUCAACAUUCAACUAAAAAUAUGAUAGGCGGAUAGCUUAUUAUUGCUGUUAUUGGGUACUUGGUUCUGGACAUAUUAGGGGAAACCUUUUUUUAAGGAUUGUCCAUUAAUUAAUGUCUUAAAAAUUUUUUAAAUUAUAUAAUGAUUUAUAGUGAAUUAAAAUUCUGGUUAAAAUUCUAGAAUCGAAAUUGCAUU